AUGGACCGAAUAUUUGCAUCAGAAUAUUUUGAUACAAUAUUCAGAUUUCUUCCGAAUAAUAAAGAUUUACAUUCUUGUCUCUUGGUUAAUAAACAUUGGGCCACUUGUGCCGUUCCAAUUUUGUGGGAAGCACCCUUCAAAAUUAAUAAUAAACAUAAUCCAUCUUCCAAAGUGAUUCAAAUUUAUCUUGCAUUUAUACCAGAUAGUACUUUUUUCAAAUUGGGAUAUAAUAGAAGAAUUGGGUUUUCGAUUAGUAGACCUCUUUUUUUUGACUAUCCAUCAUUUCUUAAAGAGCUCUCAUAUGAUCAAUUUCUUAAUGCAGUUAUUGCAAACAAUUGUUGUAAAGAUAUUAUAAUUGAAUUAUUUAAAUUACUUGUUAUGAGAAGCGUAAGAUUACGCCGACUUAGUAUCUAUAACAGCCUUUAUCGUCAUUCAGAAAACCUAGAUAAUAUAGGAUAUUUGGUUCUUCCUCAUUUUCUUGUAAGCACUUCUUUAUUUAGUAGGUUGGCUUAUUUUAAUUGUUGCUAUCAAUGGCCAAGUCAAAAAACACAACUUUUUAAUGCAAUAGCGAAGGAUUGUCACAAUAUUAAAAACCUUAAAGUCAGUAUUUGUGAUGAAAAUGAGGAAAUAGCUUUAGUGAGUCUUAUCCGUUCUCAAAGGAAUUUAAAAAAGUUCUCUCUGGUAAACAGUAAUAAUUUCGCGUCAUUUCCUAUCCAAGCUCUUGUGAAUCAUAAAAACUCACUUAACAGUUUAGCACUUGAAGUCAUACAUUACAACCGUAGCUUAAACGAGGCAAAAUUUUUUAAAUAUGCUAUUUGUCAAUUAAAUAUCUGUGCUAUGGAUGUACUGGCUCAAUGUACAAAAAUCAACAAAGUUAAGUUCAAAAAUUGUGAAGGACUUGAUUUUUCUGCGCUUCUUCCUCUUGCCAUUGCUUUUCCGAACUUAACAUCCUUUGAAUAUUCUUAUGGUGUUUAUAAAAUUUAUGAUAAUGCAACCCCUAUUGGAUUAUUAUCUAGUUUUAUUAUGACUAGUUGUAAUACACUUAAAAGAAUUGUAUUUGACUGGUAUUCAGAAGGUUAUCUUGAUAUUACUCAACUUGUCGAAAUUAUUGCACAACAUGUGAUGAACCUCGAAUAUUUAAAAAUUCCACUCUAUACAUUAGAUCAACUUGCUUUAAUUCAUCGAACUCAUAACCCACUAAGGAAACUUGAAAUUCAUAUUAAUGAAAGAAUAAAUCCAUAUUGUGUUCUUUCUCUUUUUGCGAAUGUUCCACUCAAAAGCUUUGAGCAUUCAAUUCAAUUGAACUUUGAUGAUCAUGAGAAUUUUAAGCUGAAUUUCAAUCUACUGAAUCAGAUCUUUGAAUCUAUUUUUUACAAAAACUGUUUCGAAAAGUUAUAUGUAUCUCUAAAAGGUGUCUAA